CCGGCUUGGGAGGGAAGACUAGGGAAGUCCGGCGGAAGGUGCACAGCGGAUACGUGGGGGAGACCGACUAUUGGACUCCGGGGUUGGAGCCGGGUGGAGGGGUGAACCCCUUAUGCCUGCCCAUCCUUUCCGUUGAUGUCCCACAUGGAGCUGGCGUUGGACCCCGGCGACCAAGGCCUGGGUUUCCUGCUAGAGGAAAGCGGAGAUUUGGAGGCGUCGCCCGAUGAGGCCGUGGAGGCCCUACUUGACUGGGAGCUGCCGCUUUCUGAGGUACCGAGCGACUGGGAGGUAGAGGAUUUGCUGAGUUCCUUGCUGAGUCCCCCAGCAUCGUUGAACGUUCUCAGCUCCCCCAACCCCUGUACUGUCCACCAUGAUCACACCUACUCCCUUCCACAGGAACAUGUCUCUGUGGAUCUGGAUAGUGGGAGCUAUGGGAAGGAGGGUGCCCAGAUGAGUCCAUUGUACGUGGAGGAGUCGGCAGAGCAGGAGACUGCUAGGCUGAUACUGACAGAUGAGGAGAAGAGGCUGUUGGAGAAGGAAGGGCUUACUCUGCCUGGGACACUUCCUCUCACUAAGAUGGAGGAAAAAGUUCUGAAGAGAGUGCGGAGGAAGAUUCGAAACAAAAAAUCUGCUCAAGAGAGCCGCAGGAAGAAGAAGGUGUAUGUGGGGGGUUUAGAGAGCAGGGUCUUGAAAUACACAACCCAGAAUCUGGAGCUACAGAACAAAAUACAGUUCCUGGAGGAACAGAAUCUGUCCCUUCUAGAUCAGUUGCGGAAACUCCAGGCCAUGGUGAUUGAGAUAUCAAACAAAACCAGCAGCAGCAGCACCUGUGUCCUGGUCCUACUAUUCUCCUUCUGCCUCCUUCUCAUACCUGCUAUGUACUCCUCUGACACAAGGGGGAGCCUGCCAGCUGAGCACAGAGUGUUGUCCCGCCGGCUUCGUGCCCUCCCCAGUGAGGACUCCCACCAGCUGGAGCUGUCUGCCCUGCAGUCAGAGGUACCAAGGGUCAGCGUAAACCAGUUGCUGAACAGCUCAGACCUUGUGCUCCAGGCCCCUGGUAAUUCCUGCCUGCUGUACUAUAUGCCUCAAGUUUCUGGUACAGGACCUCCCCUGAAAUGGCCACUCCCGGACUUCUUCUCACAGUCUCCCUGCCCAGGUCCUAUCCUUUUCCUGCAGGCAAAUCUUACAAGAAAGGGGAGAUGGUUCCCUGCCCACAGUGCCUCAUCUGUCAUCUUGCAGGGCAGAUACUCAGGAUAGAUGUAAGGAUAAGGGGCGGGGUGUCUUAGCAAUAGCCUGGGGGGGCCCACCAAUCUGUGUCCAAAUAAAAAGGAGUGGGAGAGGGCUGGCUUCAGCUCCUAUGCCCUGUUAGGAAGCCAGAGGGUUCAAACACACCACACUUACUGGCUUUCUGGGUCUUUUAUUUGUACCCAUGAAGGGACUGGGGAAAAUCAACUGACCUUGAAUUUCAUGCGUUGAGGGACGGGAUGAGGAAAGAAAUAAAUAAGUGAUUCUAACA